AAGUUUGUUUUUAAAAGUGUGGGACAUGAUAUGCAAGUGCCCUCGUCCUGGCUGACCUUUCUAGCGUCUGCUGGCAAAGGGAAACAACUACAUCGCAUGCCGCGAGUUGCGUCCCCGGACGCUGUUGUGACCAGUUGACCUUUUCGUGAAUCAGCGAAGGCACUUGUAGACAGCAGACUACCAGCUACUUAGACAAGUAGAUGUUGACAGACAUCCACAUAUAGUAGGAAGAUGUGACGAUCUCUGAGAGGGAAAAUGCUGACGACAGAUGCUGUGUCGAGGAUUCGAAAGCCACAACAAAGGAAAGGGAAGUGUAGGAGUGUACAUGUAGAGUCGGUGCUGUGUGGUGUACUGUCAACUGUCUACCUGCUACAGCGCUAGUCACUUUGUCAGUGCCAGUCAGUCUACAGGCAUGACUACUACUGUAGACAGGAUGCAGCAUGGUCGUCUGAGGCCUGCAGUGUUGCACCAUGUUUGGGUUUCUAGCCAAUCCCGCCCCUUGGGAGGGCGAGCAGGCCACAGAUGCAGCCAGCCUCCAGCGAUUGUGACAUAGCCCAGCGGCCGCCAUGCUGCAGUCAGGUACAGGUGGUGAUACAGGAGACGAUGACGAGAGAUCGAGACCCACAGAAACACCAGAUGGAGGCGACACUAACAGGCCCCUCCUGGCAACCGAGGCUUCGGAGGAAAGGUCAUCAGAGCAGGCCCAGAAGGAACUUGUGCGAAACCAGAAGACGAUGGGAUCCCUUAUGACAAGGGAUGGGCAUGGAUGGUUGUAGUCGGUAGCUUCGUGCACUUUGGCGUCUUCAUCGGCUUCCUCAAGUCCUGUGGUGUCAUCUUCGUCGAGUUGUUGCGUCGCUUCCGGGCUCCGGCGACGCAGACGACACUCAUCUUCGGCAUCCGGUCCGGCGUCUACAGCGUCACAGGUUUGUAUAUCAUGAAUGUUGUGGUCCCUCGACUGGGAGCUAGGAAGACCGUUCUGAUUGGCUCUGUUCUGGUCUCGCUCAGCACCAUCUUGGCAUCGUUGACCAAUGACCUCACGUCUCUCAUCUGUGUACACUCUGUGUUGAUGGGAAUGGGUUCUGCUAUGCUGGUUCCCCCAGGCAUAGUUUUGAUCGGCUCCUACUUUCGAAAAAGGCGAUCCCUGGCUAUCGCCAUUGGCAAGUGCGGAGGCAGUGUCGGGGGCAUGGCGCUGCCUCCACUAGUCACCUACUUCCUCUCCGAGUACGGCUUGCGAGGGGCCCUUCUGCUGACAGGCGGCCUCUUCCUCCACUGCCUCCCAGCCGCCCUUCUGCUGAGGCCUGUGUCAUUCUACUCCCGACGACACCGCCCUCUGAGCAGAAAGCCCGCAGCCUGCGACACACAGUCUCACGAGACCCAAAACGGGGAGGAAGGGGAAGUGACGUCACAUGAAGACGUCGACACAGGAAGUGACGAAACAAAGCUUCCCAUUUUGGAUAAUGUGCAUGGUGAGACAGCAGGGGUCCAGUGCAGAGAUACUAAUGUAAGCAGUUGUAACAACUUCCAGCCGCAUUCAGACUGUGGGCCAAUGGCAGGAAAGGACACAUCUGGUCUGUUAAUAAUACCAGACAAACGGGACUUUCGUUUAUUUCACGAGAGGGAAUGCACGGGAUGCGCAAAGAACUCGGGUGUCGCUGGCAUCAGCAGAAGCAGUCAGGAUGUUGGCGGAAGGCCGGCAGCAUACGACACUGCGUUUUCUCUAAGGAGAGCUCAUUCCAUUUCCGAUCAUUUCCGAUACAAAGACUUUGCCAACGGCACCUCUGCUGCGGUCCAGAUGUUGGCGAAUGGCCCCGACGGUUAUACCUCUACUUCUUUAGCAGACCGGAAGGAAGUCACAACGGAAGUGAAAGGUAAUUCAGACGGGGUGAAUGUGCAUCAGCCUGCCACCCAUAGAUUUGAGGAAGAAGGCCACUGCUGUAUGAAUAAAGACUGCUGGGUCAAAGGCCAGGCUCAAAGCACAGACACGCUGGGCGCGGAUGAAUUGUCGCCGGAGGCUGGGAAAGAGUCCGGAGGGCGGAUGUGCAGUCGACUGACACACUUGAUCUCGGCAGUCUUCCUGCUGGACCUGUCGCUGCUGCGCAGUGCGCUUUUCCGCUUGCUGCUGCUGCACGUCAUCAUGGCCGGCUUCGUGUACAACGUCACCGACUACCUGCCGGCGGUGGCUGCUGAAAACGGCAUCAACAACAGAGACGCGGCACUGCUGCUGACCAUCGUAAGCGGCCUGGACUUCGUCUGCCGCUUCCUCAGCGGUGUCAUCGCCGACCUCAAAGGUGGUGCGUGUCUCCACCAUGGUCGUCAUCUCGCUCGUCGUCGUGGGCAUCGCCGCGCAGUUUGUGCGAUUCAUGACGUCAUUUCCGCUGUUUGUUGUGCUGGCCGUGGUGCAUGGGCUGAUGGGUGGUGUCUUUGGGUGCCUUCUGCCUAUUCUCAUCAUCGACUUCGUUGGGUUGGAGAACAUGAGCAAGGGCUACGGUUUCUGCCAGCUGGUCUCCGGUGCUUCGCUCGCAGCCAUAUACCCGAUGUUAGGCUUCGUGCGAGACACCACGGGAUCCUACGCAGCUGUGUACCACGUGAUCGGCUGUGGCCUUCUGGGAGCGGCAGGACUGAUGGGCUGUGAAGGCUUGGUUAGGCGGCAGGAACGACGCAGCGCAGAGAAAGAGAGAAAAAUGGAGAAGCAGUCACCACUCUGACUCUUCUCUCACUCAUCUCACUUGUCGUUUGUCCCUGUUUCGCUUCUCACUUUUCUAAAACUGUUGACAUAAUCGGUAUAGUGCAUAAUUACUGUUUAUUUCAUGAGCAGGAGAAGUCGAAAAGUUGAAACAUGGGCAUUGAGAGGGUACAGUACCGGUGAGUGUGUGAUGGACAAUGCCAGACAUACUACACUGCUCGUCAUGUGAAAAGCGGAAAGAGCGAGACUCGCUUGCUAACAAGUCACGUGCCUAAAGUAAUUCACCUGAUAAUUUGUCGGUCAUUUUCUUAGCAGAGAAUAAAAUCUGCAAAA